AUGUCUUCGCCGUCUGAAGUUGCUUUUAUUACAUACAUAAACAAUGUUUCUGCUCAAAUCAAUCAAUAUUUGUCCAUUUUUAUCUUUCUUUUCGGCACAGUGGGCAAUAUUCUUAAUAUUCUUGUUUUAUCUCAACGAUCAUUUCGUUCAAAUUCAUGUGCAACAUUGUUUUUAGGCUCAUCUAUAGCUAAUUUUAUUGCUAUCAUUACUGGUCUUACAACAAGAAUGUUAUCGGGUUGGGCAGUUGAUUUAACAAACACAAAUAGAGUUCUAUGUAAACUUCGAGCUUUUGUUCUCAACGUUGCAAGGCCAGUGGCACUUUGGCUCAUUCUAUUAGCUGGUAUCGAUCGAUGGUUAUUAUCCAGUCCUAAUAUCCGUUAUCGACAGAUGAGUUCAUUGAAAAAUGCUCAACGAAGUAUAAUUAUUACACUAAUUUUGUCUAUACUUCUAUUUUCUCAUAUAAUUUAUUGCUAUGAACCAAAUUUAAUUAAUGCUCCAUUGAAAUGCUAUGGAGUAACAAUAACAUGUCGUCUAGCAACGGAUCUCUCACUUAUGUUUAUGACCAUUUUUUUUCCGUUAUUGUUCAUGUUAAUAUUUGGUUUGAUGACUAUCAAUAAUGUACGUUAUUCACGAAACCGUACACGACCCGGUGAUAUAUCAAUGAUAACUAUGCAAGGACCACCAUCGACAAGUAGACCUACUGAACAACAACAACGAAAUAAAAUUGAUGAUCAACUGCUUAUGAUGCUUCUUGUACAAGUUCUACUUCUCUUUAUAUUUGCUCUUCCAUUGGGCGUCCAAAAAUUAUAUUCAACAAUAACAACAAAUAGAGUUUCAUCACAAGCACAAGUUGCUAUUGACAAUUUUGCCUACAACUUUGUUUUGCUUCUUAAUUUUAUAGCAAAUGGUAUGCCAUUCUAUAUUUAUACGUUGGUUGGUGGAAAUGUAUUUCGAAAAGAACUUCAGAAAAUGUUUGCAACAGCAAGACAGAAAAUUUGUCGUCUAUAA